GUUUGUUACUCGUGAGUUUUGAAACUGGAUUUUUUUGGAGAUAAUUGUAAUCUUCGCCAAAAACGGUGGAAUUAUUUGUGGUUAUGGCACUUCGACAUCAGAAAAGUGCCAGUAGUGCAUCUUCAAAAUCAAAGCGGUCGGCAAUCAUUAGACUACUCCGACAAGUCAAAGAUGCAUAUACUAUUGACAAAAUCAAGCAGGCCAAGGGGGAGUAUGAAGGACUACUGGCAGCGGAUCAGCGAUUUCAAGUAUACCCAGGAAAAGAAUUCCUAGCUAUAGAUAAGCAGGACGUGGACAGGAUUGAAGCAUUAGCUCCUUUGCAGAAACAUGCCAAUGUUUUGUAUGAAAUGUUAACCACAGAUAGAAACGGUGUUCCUGUACAGAAAGAAGCACAAGACGAGCUGUGUCGACUCCUGGUAGUAAAGGAAGCAUUUGAUAUUAUUUCAGCAAAACAGGUUAUACUGUUAUUUUUCCUCAAUAACAAAUCUUGUUUUCCGGUCGGUUUACUGUAUCUUCUGUACACUUUAUGUUUCAUGAGUUUGAAGUGUUCUGAACUUUGGUUGCAAGGGGGAGUUUACUGGAUUGAUGCCUCAUGA